CUUAAGAAUUAACUAUCAAGUUAAAAUCUGAAAGUGAAAAUAUAAAUUUUAUUUUUAUUAUAAUUAGUUUUUUUUACUUAAAGAAUAUUUUUGUUUUAUUCUUCAUUUCAAUGUUUACACUGGUAUUUUGAAGUCAUUUUUCAAUUGUGAACUUAGUUUUGUUACUUAGUAUCUAUAUCUAAUAUUAUUGCAUUUCUAUUAUUAUAACAUAAGUUGACGGCCAUCGUUCCUAGAGUGAAAAAAUUUAGUUAACUACUUGGAAAUAUUCAUAACCAUGGCUGCGACUAGGAGACUUCAAAAAGAACUCGCAGAUAUUCGUGAUUCAGGACUUAAAUCAUUUCGUGAUAUUCAAGUUGAUGAAACAAACAUAUUAGCUUGGCAAGGAUUGAUUUUACCUGAAAAUCCACCUUAUAAUAAAGGAGCAUUUAGAAUAGAAAUUAAUUUCCCUGCAGAAUAUCCAUUUAAACCACCUAAGAUUAAUUUUAAAACUAAAAUUUAUCACCCAAACAUAGAUGAGAAAGGUCAAGUUUGCUUACCUAUUAUAAGUGCUGAAAAUUGGAAGCCUGCAACUAAAGCUGAUCAAGUUAUUCAAGCUCUUAUAGCAUUAGUUAAUGACCCAGAACCUGAGCAUCCCCUUCGUGCUGAAUUGGCUGAAGAGUAUUUAAAAGAUCGUAAAAAAUUUUUCAAAAAUGCUGAGGAAUAUGCCAAGAAAUUUGGUGAAAAAAGACCUGCUGACUAAGCUAUAAUACUGAUCAUAUACUGUUAUGCUAUUGUAUGAUUGUCUACACCAUUUUUAAUGCAUUCUUUGAUUACUUUAGCAACAACUUCAUAAUAUUUAUGUGUGUUUUCGCACAAUUUUGAGCAAUUGGCUACAAAUGUUAAAAUGUAUCUAUUUUUCUCUCAUCUUAACAAUAAACUCAGUUGAUUUAAUAAAAAAAAUUGAAAUUGUUUUUCAAGACAUAGAAUAAGGAUGAAUUCAAUACAUUCUAAUAUUUUUAUGUAUAUUUAAUAA